GGCGGAGCCUCAUUAUGGGAUGUUAGGGGUGAAAUGGCGCUCGGCGCGGUAUUUUAAACAAUCGGAUCUGUUUCGGGAAACGUAGCGAGAGAAAAGCGGUGCGGGGCCCAGCUGUACCGGACCGGACUGGGCCGUGCACGAACACGGCGACAAGCGUCCACAUUCCCGAGGAAGCGACCGUAAUAGAACUGAGCAGCGCUGCUGAAAAACAUUAACGCUAGCUGCCUGACUCGCCUUUCUGACCAGCACUCACACUCACAGAGAGAGGAGUGACUGAGUGCGUGUGAAAGGAUGGACGUGGUGUCGCCCGAUCUGAACAGUAUCCUCCCUGAUGAGAUCAUGGACACUGAGGCCAUUGCCAUGGAGGAGGAUCCUCCCAAUGAACCUCCUGCACCAUCCGUGCAGUCAGAACCAGAGCCAGCUCAGGUUCCAAUGGAAAUAGAGGUGUCUGAAAUUGUCAGCUUGUGUCCUGCUACCGCUCCAACACAGAAGACGCAAGCUCUGACCACAUCCACCACCACGGACUCCACUUUAUGCAGCAUCAGCUCUGGAACGCAGCUUAUUGUAACCUCUGCUUCCUCUGCUGGCCUUAAGCCUGUCACUUCCUCCACCACUCAGUCCAGCAGUGCUGUAGUGGGCCAGGGCCUUCCCAAACUCUCGGCCCCUUUGACGCUCCCAGCCAACCACCAGCUGAUUCUCAGCAAAGUGGCUGCUGAUGGCAAGUCUCCAGGCACCACUGUCCUCAAGCAGGAAGGCCAGAAACUGUUGGUCACUGGACUCAGUAAAUCUGGGCAGCCCCUCGUGCUGGCGCUGCCUCACACGUGGAGCAAGCCCGCCACGUCUCAGGGCACGGGGGACGGCAAAGCUCAACCCACGCAGUUUAAAGUGGUGACAACAGGGGCGAAGCCUGUCAUUGGGGUGCAGGCUGUGACAUCGACCAGCCAGCUUCUGGGGUCUUCAACGUCUCUGCAAGCACAGCAGCUCAAGACUGUUCAGAUAACAAAAAAGACACCGGUCUCCACAGCAGGGCCCAUGAUAACUAAGCUGAUCAUCACAAAGGCCUUAAACAGCAAGGGUCUGACAGGUCAGGCUGCAGUGCAGGCUCCCAUGGUCCCAGGGAGGGUGCUUUCACAAACCACGCCAUUGACUCCUCCACGGAGCAUUGCUGUCGGGGAAGCAGUCAGCACACCACAGAACAUCUCCAGCAGCAGCAAAGUCGCCAUAUCUCCCCUCAAAUCUCCCAGCAAGCUGACGGUGGUUUCAGUGGCCAGCCAGCCUCCAAACUCUCCUCAGAAAUCCAUGACACUGCCUUUAAAUGUGGCUCUUGGCCAGCAGAUCCUCACUGUGCAGCAGACUUCAACAACCUCCCCAGUUAAAGCAGGAACCAGCCAGUCCACUGCCCAGGCAGUAAAGCCAGUGCAGACAGUGGCGAUAGGUGGCACGCCUCAAUUUAAAACAAUCAUCCCCCUGGCCACACCCCCCAACGUUCAGCAGAUACAGGUGCCCGGCAGCCGCUUCCACUACGUGCGCCUGGUCACAGCUACAACGGGGGGCAGCACCCAACACACCGCCAGUCCCAGCACUAACACCAACCCUUCCAUCCAGCCAGGUAAGCCCAUGAUGAUGAACACUGCUGCUGUGAGGAUGUCUGUUCCCAUAGUCCCAGCACAGACCGUCAAACAGGUGGUUCCAAAGCCCAUGACCUCAGCAGCCCAGGUGGUGACCACCAGCCAGACGCAGCAGCGACUCAUCAUGCCAGCCACCUCACUGCCUCAGAUUCAGCCCAACCUGACCAACCUGCCCCCGGGCACCGUGCUCGCCCCUGCCCCUGGUGCUGGAAACAUGGGCUACGCUGUGCUGCCAGCUCAAUAUGUUACACAGAUUCCACAAUCGGCAUUUGUGACUUUGGCCAGCAAUUCUGGUUUCUCCGCCCCAACCUCCAUUCAGACCCAAGCCAGGCUUCCUCUCAACGGUUUAUCAGCACCAGAUACAACCUCAAGACCACGAAAGCCUUGCAACUGCACAAAGUCACAGUGCUUGAAACUGUAUUGUGACUGCUUUGCGAAUGGGGAGUUUUGUAAUAACUGCAACUGCGUAAAUUGCUUCAACAACCUCGACCAUGAGAGUGAACGACUCAAAGCAAUUAAGGCUUGCUUGGACAGAAACCCAGUAGCCUUUAAACCCAAAAUUGGCAAAGGAAAAGAGGGAGAAUCAGACAGACGGCACAGCAAAGGCUGCAACUGCAAGAAGUCUGGCUGUCUGAAGAAUUAUUGCGAGUGCUAUGAGGCAAAGAUCAUGUGCUCGUCAAUCUGUAAGUGUGUGGGCUGUAAGAACUUUGAGGAGAGUCCAGAGAGGAAGACGCUGAUGCAUUUGGCCGAUGCUGCAGAAGUGCGGGUGCAGCAGCAGACAGCAGCUAAGACUAAGCUGUCCUCUCAGAUAUCAGACCUGCUCACGAGAACUACACCAGCUAUCACCAGCGGAGGGGGGAAAUUGCCAUACACAUUCGUAACAAAGGAAGUAGCGGAGGCGACAUGCGACUGCUUGCUGGAGCAGGCCGAGAAAGCUGAGCUGACCAACCAAUCACAAGUCCUGGCUGAGAGGCUCAUCCUGGAGGAGUUUGGACGAUGUCUGCGCAGAAUCAUCAGCUUUGCCAGCAAAGCCAAGACGGACUGCUCUAUCAACUGCUAGGACUGACUGACUGACUGACUGAACAACUGACCUGCCAGACACAGCUGCACUGCACUGGGAUAUGCUGGGCCGGGCCAAACCAAGGCUUCAGCUAUUAUUUAGUCCUUGGCUGACUGGCCCCGGAUCAGAGCUUGGCCGAACUCCUUAUGCUCCCCACCAGCCACAGAGUUUCCAGAGUUUCCUGGAUGUGUUUCCUGCUUCUUGACUCACAUAAAAAAGCUAAGUAGGCCUGCUGCAGAUUUUUAGGGGCUUCUUGGUUGAUCCUACAUCGGGAUCAGUGGAUGCAGGGAUUGGAUGGGCUGUAUUGGAUGCAGAGAAAGACUCUGGGUGGUUUACAGAGGACUCAUCUGAGAAGUUUUGGGCAGAGAGGAGCUACACACUGUACAGCAGCAGCAGAGAGGAGGAGGAGGAGGAGAAGAGGACUGCAUAGGGGUUGGCCACGCCAUCCAUCUGCCUCUCCUGCAUCACAGUAGCCUUUGUGUGUGGGCUUGCACAGUUCGCUAAUUUGGAGGAGAUUUUUAGGGUUUUGUUUUUCCUUUUUGUUUGUUUGUUUUAAACCUGCAAUCAUGACAUUUCAUACUCUACUCUUUUAAAAUAAGACUUUCAUUCAUACUAAUCAGUUCUUGUUUUUUUAUUUUUCAUUUCCUGGUCUGUUUUCUUUCUUUCAUUUUUACCGCCAAUGACCUCAGAUGAUCAAUAAUCAUGAUUUGUUAUACAGUAAGUAGCCUAUACUGUAGCCUCUUAUUAUAUUAUGUUCUUGAUAUUUAUUUGCUGUUUUCCUGGCCUGCAGAAACUCCCCAAAGAAGCUGACUGUGUCUGAGUCCAAGCAUCACACAGUAGUUUCUAGCUUGGUUGCAUUAACAGGUUCCUGUUGGUGUGAUGAAAGGGUACGCCAUUAAUUCACAAUUUCUGUAUUUGGCCUAAUAGAAGUUGUGGUGUUAUUUUUUGUUAACAGGUUUGGCACGCUGGGUCUACCCUUAGUUUUCAGUGGAAGAUAUUACUGCAUCCUGUGAUAUAAGCAGGCCAUGAUAACUAACUGUUUGUUUGGAGAUUAUGGUGUCCCAAACAUAAUUAUGAUAAAUGAUAUUGUAAUUUUGAGACCAUAUUAUUCCAUUAAUUUAAUGAAAAUGAAAAAUAUUAAUUAUUAAAAAUAUUUAGACAUUGGGGUUGGAAUAUAAUAUUUUAAAUAUUCUAAGAAUACAUAUAUACAUCAAUAAAAUAAUAUCUCUGUUGCUCAUUCACAUUAAUGGGCUCUCCUUCCUAAGAAUAACAUGUUCGACGAUAAUAAGGUCAGCAAAAUUGAUUAAGGUCAUGCUCCUUUUUUGUAUGAUAAUUUGAUAAAGUAAUGAUAAUGACAGGCCUGUUGUGGUUGUGGUAACUCUGUUCUGUUUAGAGUAUAUGCUUCUCAUUUUCAUUUAACAUCUGAACUAAAUCUUCUGGUUUGAGGAUGUUUAUGGGUCAAAAUACUAAUGUUGCUAAAUGUAAUCUAAUUCUAAAUAUAGUCUAAAUCUAGUCUUGGACUACAAAUUCUGAAUGCAGAUUUUCCAUUGAAAGUAAAUGCAGUCUACAACUAGGCUUAAGCCCUAUUUGGGGAAACAUCUUAAUUGGAUUGGUUUCCCAGACAGGGAUUAAGCCUAGAUGUAGACUCCAUUUUCGUUUAAAGAGAAAGCUGCAUUCAGAAAUUGUAGUCCAAGUCUAGACUUAAUCCCUCUUGAGGAAACCAGUCCAUAUGCCAAUCUGAAACUGAAGGUUAAUCCCAGAGUGCCAAAAACAGUCAUUACAAGCACUGCAGAAUAACACACAACUUCAGGGGACUGUCUGAUCACUCUGUAAGUCUUCUUCUUUUAAUGUCAGAAAAUGGUGCUUUUUAGUCCCAGCUACACCCCCCCAAAACAAACACAUACACACUCACACCCUGCACUACACAUUUUGGUGGGUUUACCUGUUUUGGUCAUCUAAUGCUUUUCCUGUUUAAAAACCUGCAGGGCUUGGGCAUUAGUUGAGAAGGUGGAAAUCUACACUGCAUACAGAAUUACCAGAAUACAGUGCUGACAGAGCAGAAUAUCCACACUGUAAAGACCAGGAGCAUCAAACAUGACCAAACUGUUAAACAAGAUUCACCUGUAUCUUUUUUUUUUUCCCUUGUUAUGAUACACCAGCUCACAGACACCUUGUGCUGAUCAACAUCACCCUUUGUAGUAAUGAGAGGAAAGAGCUCCAUCUACCCACCUGGAGUGAAUCAGGUCUGUGCUCUCUCUGGGCUCUGGCAGCUGAUGACAAGCUGCAUGACCAGGAUUUGAACCAGCAAUCUCCCACUCAGCGCCCUAAUUUAUCUACAUCUUCACUUCGUUAUUUAUACAUGCAGAAUGUAUACAAUUACCAAGCAUAAACAUACUCGCACCUAUUAUCAUUUUUCAGCUCCAAUGAUCAUAUAGGAGCAAUUUGUAUUUCUGUAAUUACAGAUUGUAGUCCUGUAUCUGUUUUUCUACAUACUUCAUUAUCAUCAUUAUCCUUUCACACUGUUCAAUACUCAGCUAUUAUUAUUAUUAUUAUUAUUUAGGUGGUUUGUUAGUGUGUGAAUUGUCCUUAUAUAAGUGAAUCAGACACUGCAGCAGUGCUGAUGAAGUUUUUAAACACCUCCGUGUCACUGCUGUACUGAGAAGGAUACACCAACCAAAAGUAUGUAGCCAGUAGCGUCCUAAAAGAGCAAUGAUGACGGACUAGAGGACGAUAAACACUGUAAAUUGUGCAGCAACAGAUACAGAGCUUCUGUCUUUGAAUUUACUUUAUCUACAAAGUGGAGCAGCUGUAGAUAGCAGUGUCUAAUAAUGUGGACAGUGUUUAAAAACUCCAGCAGCACUGCUGUCCACUAAUCCUAAACAUUGAAGAACAGUAUGAAAGGAGGAUAAUAAUAAAGUAUGCAGAGAAACAGAUACAGGACUACAUUCUGGAAUUGUAGGACUAUGAAGUGCUCCAAUAUGCUCAGUAUAGCUGCACAGUUUAUUGAGUCGUAUAGGGGUCAUUAGGCUUCAUUUAUUUAUUAUUUUUCAGUCAGUUUUAGUGGUCUCUCACUCUCUCAGCCCACUGAUUAAAUAUGCAAAUAUACUGAAAGCGACUGUAUGGGGACUUCAGGGUCUUUCUGCUUUCUUUGGGGUUUAAAAUCUUUAUUUAUUUUGAGUUUGACGCAUCCAAACCAACAGUGUAUAGAGAAAUUGAUUGAACCAGAAUUAUGCAUACUUGGCAUACUUGGACUGUUCAGAUUGAUUGGUUGGCUCAUUUUGGUGUAAUGGUGUCAUCAAGAGUCAUUAUUUAACCACAGGUGGCACAGGUGGUCGUUUACAGGUUUUCAUACUAAUCUGUUUGCCAUCACCCAAAUCUUAAUUUAAAGAUUAAUUUGUUGGCCAAGUGAUUUGGAAACUAUACAGUCACAAUAAAUUGCACUGUUUUGACUAGUCAUGUGACUAGUACCUGGAUUGGAACCACAUGCAUUUACACUUGUUAGACAAAUGCCGAUUCAGUUAGUCACACCAUAAUCUGAUUGCUGUGUGGAGCAGAAUAUUCCAAUCAGCUCAUUGCUCAUCAAUUAUUAAUGGUGUUUAGUUAUACUGAUAAAAAAUGUAUUUGUUUUUAGAAAGCCAAAUGAGUUUACACUGUUUAAACGUGUCUAAAAUGCGUCUCAGACCAGCUACUAAAGUUGUUUGAGUGAUUGAAUUUGUACGUUUUAAAAAUGUAUUGGGUGUGUUCACACUUACACUGGUUUUAUGUGACUUUGCCAUAAUCCAGAUGCUCAUAAUAAUCCAGAUACUCAUAAUCCAGAUGCUUAUUUAUCUAGAUACUCAUAGUCCAGAUGCUCAUUGAUCCAGAUACUCAUAAUCCAGGUGCUAAUUGAUCAGAACUCUUUACAUCAAUCAGGCUUGAGUAUCUAUAUCUAGUUUCUAUAUCUGAGUAAGACCAAAUCACAUUCACUGUAAGUGUGAACACACCCAGUACACAUUUCAAAACAGAUACAAAUCUGAUCACUCAAAUCACUUCAUUAAAGGUAAGCUGAGACCCAUUUAAGAUAUGUUAUGGCAUCGUAAACACAUCUGUCUCUCCAAGAAACAUUCAAACAAGUACAAACCAGACACCAGUAAAACAAUGCAACACCAUGCAACAAGUUGGAUUUGGCUGCAAAGUAUAAAUGCAUGUCGUUUAAAAUCUUAGAUGGAUACUAUCCAGAUACAAAUCACAUUGUAAGCAGGUGUAACCCCGCAUUUUUAAAGAGUCCUUUUCUUGUAGUACAUGUUCUGUUUCAGAGUGCCUUCUCAAGUCGCAGGAUAAAUUUUGAAUUCUUGUUCAGUGUGGGGUUUUUGCUAAUGGAGAUAUGAGUGUGCAUUCCAAAAGCUUCCUAAAGAGUAGCACGAAAGCAGUUAAGAGAUUUAAGAAUGUGGCCCAUCAGUCAUUUUUAAUGAAGUCAUUUUAACUAAUGUAAAUCCAAAUUUGGACGAUUCAGAUUCAGAUAGUGUAGAAUUUGAACACAGUUUUAAACCUGUUUAUGUCUUGCUGGUUCUGAUUGGACUACAAUGAAAAUGUUGAGGGAGUUGAUAUGUUUUGCAUGAUUCAUAGCUAAGAAUGCAUGAUCUAAUCACAUAACUUUAACUAAUUUGGGAAUUGAGGUAUUUGUAACUGGGCCUGUGUUCACUAAAAGUUAUCUGAGUAGGAGUGGUGAUAAAGGAUCGGAUUCUUCCUCUGAUAUGGGAAUUGUGGUCUAAUUACGAGAUUUUUCCAAUUUGUUUUAUGUAUAUAUAGGCCUGUCACCGUAACAAUUUUUGGUGGACAAUAUAUCAUCCAAGAAAUUAUAGUGCUAUUUUUUUUUUUUUUUUUUUUCAG